AUGGCACUAACUCGCCCGACUCCACGCGUACCAUCUCUCAAACGCAAAGCUUCAGAGACCAAUCCACCACCUCGACAAGCACCUGCGAAACUACCCAAGCUCAACGACACGACACACUUCCCCUUCCUCUGUCUGCCCCGCGAGCUCCGCGACGAGAUCUACCGCUGGGUCCUCCUCGGCCGCUCCGCCUCCCUCUCCAGCUCAAAAGACCAGCCUCUCACAAUCUCGUCCCCACUGACAGCCGUCUGUCCGCAAAUCUGCGAAGUGUUCAACGAUGCGCUCCUCUUCCACUCCAGCACUAUAACAACAAUUGUCCGGAAUUACAACUUCGCUCAUGUUGUUACGUUCUUGAACCGGCUGAGUGAAGCCCAGAUGGCUCGACUUCGAAGCACGAGCGGAACAACAUCGCUACCAGACCGUACCGUCAAGAUUACACUGUCUUUCACACCCAAGGCGAAGAAUUGUCGAAUGAACCUCAAUCGUUGGUUGGAUCGGUUUGACGUGCCAGAGAAGCGUGGGAAGGAUGUGCAAUUUGAGUAUGAUGCGGUGAUUAGGGCGAGGGAUGGGAGUUAUAAGGAUCGGCCUCAUCAUAGGGUGAGUGCGAGUCAGAGGUGGGCAGAGGAGGCGAGGAAGGUUGAGAGGGCUGGCCAAGUGUACAAGGAAGGUUGGAGGUGGAGGCGGAGAUCGUGA